UCAUUUUUUCUGUCACCACAAAAAUUAAAAGCAAUUACAAAAAUUUCAAAAGCAAUAAUUAAUAAAUAAAUUUUCUAGGUAUUUUUUUUUUCUUUUUUUCAAAAAAUUGUUUACCUUUCUGUAUACACUUUGUAGUAGCUUUGAAGUAAAAGCAAUUGCUCUUUUUGUUUUUGCUUUAAAGGGCGAAUUAUUCAUUGUUUUGUCUACUGAAUCGGAAAAAAAAAAGUUAGCACUUUCAGUUUGUGGACUGGAAACACAACCUCUUUUUGAGGCUAGUGGAUGUUUUCCAGUCAUUGAGGUUGCUGGCUUAUUUGGAAGACGGGGAUGAAGCUAUCUGCUCUUUUGACUUCUGCUGGAGUGAAUAUUGCAGUGUGUGUGGUGCUGUUCAUUUUGUAUUCCUUAUUAAGGAAACAACCAACUUUUGUAAAUGUCUACUUCAGCCAGAGAUUUGCUCAGGUGCGAAAAAGACAGCUUGGUGGCUUUAACUUUGAGCGAUUUGUUCCUUCUCCUAGUUGGAUCUUGAAGGCAUGGGAAGCAUCUGAUGAAGAAAUAGUUGCUGCCGGGGGCUUGGAUGCAUUCGUGCUUGUGCGGAUGAUUGUUUUCAGUUUCCGAAUAUUCUCCAUUGCAACUACUUUAGGCCUUUUCCUCGUGCUGCCUCUUAAUUAUUUUGGUCAAGAUAUACGGCGUCAGCAAAUUCCAGCCGAGUCAUUGGAGCUAUUCACCAUUGUGAAUGUUGAGCCAGAGUCAAAAUGGUUCUGGGUUCACUGCCUCGCACUGUAUAUCAUAUCCUGCUCUGCUUGUCUUCUUCUUUACUUUGAGUACAAGAGUAUCUCAAGGAAGCGGCUGGCAUACUUCACUUCAUCACUUUCCCACCCAAGAUACUUCACAGUUCUGGUCCGUGCCAUCCCAAAGUCUAAGGAAGAAUCGUAUAGUCAUACACUGGAAAAAUUCUUCACGAAUUACUAUGCAUCAAGUUAUCUAUCUCAUCAAAUUGUCUAUCGCUCUGGCUCUGUUCAGAAACUGCUGACUGAUGCAGAGGAGGUGUUCAGGAUGCUUAAAACAACCCAAAAGGAGCUUUAUGAUUCUGGAUCAAAUUUUAUGAGAUGUGGCCUAUGUGGAGGAACUACUUCGUCUUUCAAGAUGCUUCCUAAUGAGCGUGGUCGUGAUAAAGGAAGAGAUGAUUAUGAUGGUUCAGUUUUGAGAAAAAAGGAAUGUGCAGCUGCUGUAGUUUUUUUCAGGAAUCGGUAUGCUGCUUUAGUUGCUUCUCAAGGACUUCAAUCUUCGAAUCCCAUGUCAUGGGUUACGGAUCUUGCGCCAGAACCAGAUGAUAUGUACUGGUCAAACAUUUGUGUUCCUUACCGACUCCUUUGGAUUCGUAAAAUUGCGCUUCUAGUGGCCUCUAUUCUUUUUGUGGCAUUUUUCCUUGUGCCUGUUUCACUAACACAAAGUCUCGUUCACCUCGACAAGCUGCAAAAGACAUUUCCAUUUCUUAGAGGAAUUUUAAAGAGGGACGGAGUUACUCAGCUUCUCACAGGAUAUCUACCAAGUGUUGUAUUAAUCUUAUUUUCCUACAUGGUUCCUCCGUUGAUGAUGCUAUUUUCUAAAAUGGAGGGCUCUAUCUCACGUAGUGGCAGGAAGAGGAGUGCAUGCAUAAAAGUUCUAUGCUUCUUCAUCUGGAAUGUUUUCUUCGGUAACAUUGUAUCCGGAUCUGUUAUUGAGAGAUUAAAUAAAAUUUUCAAGGAUGUAAACAAUCUACUUUCUACGGCUGUGCCAUCAACGGCCACCUUCUUUAUGACUUAUGUUUUGACAUCAGGCUGGGCAAGUCUGUCUGUUGAACUCCUACAACCAUUUGGUCUCAUCUGCAGAUUGUUCUCCAGGUUUAUUCUCCGAAACAAGGAGGUUGAGUCUCAUGGAACACUGACAUUUCCAUACCAUACAGAAGUCCCGAGGAUCCUCCUAUUUGGGCUUUUUGGUUUUGCAUAUGCCAUUUUGUCACCCUUAAUACUGCCAUUCUUGGUGGUUUAUUUUUCCAUUGCUUACCUUGUAUAUCGUAAUCAGAUUCUCAACGUAUAUGUGACAAAAUAUCAAACUGGUGGAACCUACUGGCCUAUUGUGCACAACACAACAAUAUUCUCAGUGGUGCUGAUGCAAAUUAUAGCAUUGGCUGUCUUUGGAUUUAAAAAAUCUUCAUCCACAUCAAGCUUCAUUAUUCCAUUGAUAAUCUGUACACUCCUCUUCCAUGAGUACUGCAGGGAAAGGUUCGGACCGUUGUUCAAGAACCCUCCUGCUCAGAUCCUCAUUGAUAUGGAUAGGGAUGAUGAGGAAUAUGGGAGGAUGAAAGAGAAGUAUCAACAACUCACAUCAGCUUAUUGUCAGUUCAAAUCAACUUCACUUUCACUGGGCAAAGCUGCUCCUGAAAAUGACGAAGAGAACAUGUGUAUCCAUAAGGUUCAAGACAUAGAAGACAUUAAUCCAGGGAAAAGUCCUUCGCAUCUUCCUCCAUCAUGUACAUCUAUUGACAUUAAAGGUUCUCAUCUUUUAUCACAUACAUCUUUGGAAAUAAAAAGUCCUCACCUUCUAUCACCACAUGCGUCUUUGGAAAUUAGAAGUCCUCCACAUCUUCCGUCAUCACGUACGUCUUUGGAAAUUAAAAGUCCUCCUCAUCUUCCUUCAUCACGUACAUCUUUGGAAAUUAAAAGUCCUCCUCAUCUUCCUUCAUCACAUACAUUUUUAGAAAUUAAAAGUCCUCCUCAUCUUCCUUCAUCGCGUACAUCAUGGGAAAUAAAAAAUCCUUCUCAUCUUCCUUCACUAUGUACGUCUUUGGAAAUUACGAAUCCUCAUCUUCCUUCACCACGCACGUCUUUAGAAAAUAGAAGUUCUCAUCUUCCUUCACGAUGUACACCUUCGGAAAUUAAAAGUCCUCAUCUUCCUUCGCCACGUACAUCUUGGGAAAUUAAAAGUCCUCUUCUUCCUUCACCGCGUGAAUCUUCGGAAAUUAAAAGUCCUCGUCUUGCUUCACCGCGUACAUCUUCGGAAAUUAAAAGUCCUCUUCUUCCUUCACCGUGUGAAUCUCCGGAAAUUAGAAGUCCUUUUCUUGCUUCACCCCGUAAAUCUUCGGAUAAAAGUUCUCGUCUUCCUUCACCGCGUAAAUCCUUGGAAAUUAAAAGUCCUCAUCAUCCUUCAUCAUUUACAUCUUUGGAAGUUGAAGAAUCGUGUGGCAAGUAGAUGAAUCUUUUCUGUGCAUUAAAUCGCGGUGUUGGUGCUGUUUGUGCAUUCUUAUGGACUGCCUAUUCUGUGGGCACGGUUGAUGUGUCGUGUGAACUGCCUUGUAAAGAUACUACUUGGAAGUGUACAGGAAACAUAUACGUAUGAGAAAAAUGGCGUCUGAAUAGACUUCUUGAAGUGUACAGAAUGUGUUUGGGGGCUCUGAAGCUGCAAACCUUCAAAGAGUUACUUAAAAGAUUUUUUUUGUUUUGUAUUCCUUUAUAGAUGGUUCCAUGACUAUGGAGACCUGUGUAUAUGUAUUGUUUGAACUGUUUUGCUUGAUUCGAGUAAAAUUUUGUUUCUUUA